GGCACCUUGCCCUACUUCGCGGCCUACCGGAUGCACCCGGAAUACAAGAAAUUGGACGACUAUCCCACGUCCAGAAAGCUACGGCCGCGCAAGAUACCCAGUUCAGACGAAGUGUAUUACAGGUGCACAGUAAUACUCAACAACAUAUACCAUGGCGUCUCGCGCUUCCCCUUCCCCUUCUUCAACACCCAGGGCCUGUUUGCGAAGAUGGUUCGUGAUCUUCGACUGCCGCCGGGGCUAGCUAUGCACACAUACACUCUACAGACACUCACGCCGAUCCCGAUACGUAUCUUGUCGCUCUUCUAUCAAGGGUUUACGGUUAGAAAGCGUGCAUUGGGCAGAUACACCAUACCCGAGUCACAGACUAAUCAAAUAACGAUGGGUCAUCGGAGGUGGGGUGGCCGAUCCAAUCCCACACGUACUAUUGUGGCGGCUUUUGUGUGCAUUACACUGAAAUUGGUGUACGGUAUUGGGGAAUUCGACGAGCACGUUAAAGACGGAGGUAUCACAUCGCAAGGGUCGGCCAAUCGAAUUGCAGAUAAUCAUGAAACUACCGAUCAAAACGCCGAGAAUGACGGAUUAAAGCUGAAGGGAUUGGACGAUUUUAUCUGCAGAGCUAAAGAAACAGUUGCCAGUGGGCGUACGGAACCGUGGUCGUGGAGGAACUGGAUGGGCGCUAUGAAUGCACAGCAGAAGGCAAAGCAGACAUCUAUUCCCCAGACAAGGUGUGAAGCUCUCACACCUACUUUCACACGGUUGCACGAGGCUGAAUGCGACGAAUUGAAUAUGGCUCUCUCAUCUACAGACACAUAUUGCAGUAUGUACGCACUCAAGAAGGUGUACACAAACGAAUUGGCGAGUCUUAAGGUGCAACACGAGUAUCUGCGCUUCCUGGGCAGUCAAAUGUUCCCUGACGCAUACACCUCCAGCAUGGACAUCCUCUCCGAGAAGUUUGGCGAGCUCGCAACCGAAGCUGCCAACCUUCAGAAAAACCGUGGACAACAGGCCAGAUCGAGUCCGUUUAAGAAGCGAAAGGGGUACAAACGCAAACCCCGCUUGCUCAGUAAACUGGGGAGUAUGUCGGACUCUAGCCAAUCAGACUCGGAAUCAGAGCACAGGGGAACUAGUGGGCAGCCACCCGUUUCUUCUAUGACUCAGGGAAUCCGGCCAAACGCAGAGGUAGAGCAGAGUGAGAAAAAAUCUCCCGAGAAACCUGUCAGGGAGAGGUUUCGCAGAUACCCAACUGUCAAGGCUGCAGACAGUCAGUUACAAUCGAACCAGGCAAACUUGGAGUCAGCGGAUAAAGGGAAUAAUUCAUCAAAAGUAGCGGGUACACAGGAGCAACAAAGAAUCCAGCCUGCUAGGGCUGAUACUAGCAAGUCAAAUGAAGGCCAGUCCGAUUCGGACGAAGAGGACAAUGAAAGUGAUCACCUUGGAAAACAAAGCAAGAGAAACCGGACCAUGCCCCAGCCGGUUAGGGUUACGAGAGACAGGUGGAAUGUGGCCCAAGUAGAUUCGGAGGUAGAGGACAGCGAGGGUGAUUCUCGCGGAUUACCGUAUAAGAGAAAAAGACGCAAAACUCGGCCUGCUAAGACCAAAAGAUACAAAUCACACUCGAGUCGGUCAGACUCAGAGGCAGAAGACAGUGGGGAUGGUUGGCGCAAGAAAAGGGGGGUGCAAAGGCGGAGAACGCGAAGCUCUGGUAACAAGCCAAAUACGCCCCACUCUGGCCAAUCAGACUCACAAGCAGACGACAGUGGGGAUGGUCUUCGUAAAGAAACGGAAAGCCAAAGACGAAGAAUUCGAUCCUUCAAUAUUAAGUCGAACACCUCAAAAUCUGGCCAGUCAGAUUUAGAAGCAGAUAAAAGUGGGAAUGACAAUACCAAGGAAAAGGGGAUGAAACGACGGCGAACGCGAUCCUCUAGCAGUAUGUCGAACAUUUCAAACUCUGGCCAAUCAGAUUUAGAAGCAGAGGAAAGUGCGGAUGAUAGCCGCAAGGUAAAGGGGAUGCAAAGACGGAGAACGCGAUCCUCCAGUAACAAGUCAAACGUUUUAAAUUCUGGCCAAUCAGAUUUAGAAGCAGAGGAAAGUGCGGAUGAUAGCCGCAAGGAAAAGGGAUGCAAAGACGGCGAACGCGACCCUCUAGUAGUAAAAGCAGAGGAAAGUGCGGAUGAUAGCCGCAAGGAAAAGGGGAUGCAAAUUUGGCGAACGCGAUCCUCUAGUAGCAAGUCAAUCAUUUUAAAUUCUGGCCAAUCAGAUUUAGAAGCAGAAGAAAGUAUGGAUGAUAGCCGCAAAGAAAAGGGGAUGCAAAGACGUCGAACGCGAUCCACUAGCAGUAGGCCAAACAUUUCAAAUUCUGGCCGAUCAGAUUCAGAAACAGACGAAAAUGGGGAUGAUAAGCACAAGGGAAAGGGGGUCCUAAGACGGAGAACGCGAAACAUUUCAAACUCUGCCCAGUCAGAUGUAAAAGUGGUUAAAAGUGCGGAUGAUAAUCGCAAGGAAUCGGGUAUGCAAAGACGUCGAACGCGAUCCUCUAGCAACAAACCAAAAUUGGCAACCGCUGACCAGUCGGACUCACAAGCAGAAGAAAGUAGAAGUGAUCCCAGCGUGCAAGAGAUUGGGAGGAAAAGACGCCGAACUGAACGUACGAGCAGGACAAAGAAUUUGACCGCCCCUGGCCAGUCAGGCUCUGCGGCAGAGGACAGUGGGAAUGACAUUCGCAAGAAUAUGGGUUGCCAUCGAAGAAGAACGCGGUCCUCUAGUAGCAAGUCAAACUUAUCACACUCUGACCAGUCAAGCUCUGAGGCAGAGGACAGAGGCAGUGAAACUCAGGAGCUAGCGAUUGGGAGGAAGAGGCCAAGAGCCCAGCCGUCUAGGCGUGCGAAGAGUACGUCGCACCCUGGCCAGUCAGACCCCGACCAAUCGAAAUCAGAAGCAGAGAACAGUGCGAGUUGGGUUGGGACUGGUAGUGGGAGUGAGAGUGAGGAUACGACGGGCGUCGCCUCUCGCGUUGCUGCGACGGUCCGUGUCGAACGGAGGCGCACAUCGAAGACGAACAAGAGACCAAAUGCGUUUGGAACAGGUGCGGACGACUAUGUGCCCUUGACAAAGCUUGUUGCCCGCGACAUUGGAGGCACCAGACGACUCAUCGAGAAGAAGGAUAUAUCGACCCUAUCAAAAAAGAGAUUGUUUAAUUUUUUUUCGAGAAGAUCGAACGCUCGAAAACUGACCGUGGUCGAUGAUCGAGAGGGGAAGAGACGGGUGAAGAUAUUAGCUCAGCUCCCAGGGGAUGAUCGAGAGAAGGCGCACCAGUCAAUACAAGACGAAGUUCGUGAUCGUGUCAGUAAUCUGAAAUGUUCCAUGGAAACUAGCUACGAAGAUGCAAUACAUCAGGAGCUAGAAGCAGACCGCUCGUUUACCAAGUUUCUGACCACCGAAAUGCCACCAUGCCAGCGCUAUGUGCGCUUUUCGACAAAAUCCGCAUCGCCUGACCACUGGUCCUUCAUGUAUCUGGUAUCUAUAUGUGCAUCGUACGUAGACUGUGAUCCAACCGACCUCAGAAGUCUCAUCAUGAGCAUCGAGUCCGAUAUUCUAGGCCCGACUAUGGUUUCUACUAUCGAAUCGAGAGUUAGAAUACCAAUUGCACGGCAGAAUAGGGCGCUUACAGAUCCGCCGCAUGCGGUGACUGAUGGAUCUACAAGUGCUGUAGAAAGCAAUACUGGGCGAUUUAUGGGGCAAGAUGGGGGUAUCGGUUCAGAGGCACUUGCGGGCGAAACUGCGGCGGGAGCUGUGGCAGAGAAUGGAAAUAAAGCUGUGACCCAGGCAGAGAAUUCUGUUGCGCCAGUGAGUGCGUCAGACAGCAGUAUGGUAGUACGUAAGGCGAGAAGAAAAGCUUUUAUGCAGAAGUUUAGGGGACUGGGAACCACCAAAGGGCCGGUUCAGGUCCGAAAGAAUAGGGGUGCGAAACGGUUCGAGACACGUAAGACAGUGACCGAGAAGACGAAACAACAGGACGACGACGACAGCGUGCCAACUGAGGAAAAUACAGUGGCAUCUCGGACGAGGACCGUUGGUGUGCGGAGAACGCCUAGAAAGAUUCGAGGCAUUAGGCGCUAACAGGCGGCGUAUAGGGAGAGCUGCAAGGAUAAAUAAAUUAAUGACUAUAUGAUAAGGAGGGAGGCACUUGCAGCUAACAGGCGGCGGAUAGGGAGAGCUGUGAGGAUAAAAACUGAGAAGUGAAUAGCUCAUGGACUAUAUAAUAGAGAUGGAAGCAUUUGCCUCUAGAAGACGGCGUACAGUAUGAUUUGCGACGAUAAAAACGGAGAAGUGAAUAGAUAGAGGACUACAUAAUAAAGGAGACAUUUUGCCGUUAAAAGGCGGCGUAUAGCGUGAUCUGCGACGAUAAAAACCGAGAAGUGAAAAGAUUGAGAACUAUAU